GUCCCGCAGACAUGGCACCGUCCCCGAACCGGAAUGUUUACAAAACGAGACGGAAACAGUGAGCCGACAUGAACAGCAGCCUGGAGAUCAACGACACGUUCUUCUUGUCCGACGACACGUACUCGGGCAGCAUCCUGUGGCUGGCGCUGAACAUCUUCAUCACCGUCGCCACGAUCCUGGGCAACGUGCUGACCAUCGCGGCCAUCCUGUUCAGCCGCAAGCUGUUCGGAUUGGUGGCCAAUCAGUUCAUCUUCAGCCUGGCAGUUAGUGAUCUUUUGGUGGGUGCCUCCAUCCCCUAUCACAUGGCGUUUUCUCUGGUGGAGGGCUUCGGCAACGGGCAACUCAAGUGUCUGUUACGGUUCUUGUUGAUCUCGUUCGCGAUGGCCAGCUCCAUAGUGAACCUCCUGUGCAUCGCCACUGAUCGUUACUUGGCUAUAGUGUAUCCGUUCCACUACACCAGAUAUAUGACGAAAAGAACGGCCUGGGUGCUCAUCGUGUUGGUGUGGGUGCUCAGUUUUUCCAUUAUAUCGACUAUAAUAUUUUGGAACGAUUGGGUGGAAGGUGUGACGUGCGAGAUAGUUAAAGUGUUGCCGGCCAACUUCAUCAACUUCUUCGUUUGUCCCUUAUUCGGUGCGGUUUGGAUCAUACUGUUGUUUUUGUACUUGAGGAUUUGUUGCGAGGCUACUGGACACGCCAAACGUAUUAGGAGUACCAACUCCGUACCCAACGUUAAGGACUCCAAGUCGUUUCAGGUGAUGAUAAUAAUCCUGGGGUCGUUUUCCCUGUGCUGGUUCCCGUUUUUCGUCGUGAUCACGUACGCCCGCACCACCGGACUAAUCAGAAAGGCCGUGUACGAGAUCGCGUUCACGUUGGCCGUCGCCAACUCCGGCAUCAACCCCCUGAUCUACGCGUGGAAGAACACCAACUUCCGCAAGGCGUUCGCCUGCCUGCUCCGUUGCCAGAGUCCCAACGUGUGCAGCGCCGCCUUCGUCACCAACCACGUGCCCAGCAAAAAGGGCUCCAUGAACGGCAUAUGCAACGGCCGCGAGGAGGAGGUGGUGCGCAGCGAGAGGCGCCAGUCCGAAGAAAUUGAGUCGAGCGUCGGCACCGAAAUGACGAACAUCAGCAACAGAAACUAGGCUUGGUGUUUGUGCAGCUUGGACCGAAGUGCUAAUAAGAUUGUGAUACGAAAUUCUCAA